AUGACCAAGAUGAAGAAAAUUUACAAACCUUACGGAAGUCUCUCUACAUGGGAAAUAAAGCACGCACGUUCUCAUGCUAAAAUGUACGGCCCUGGGAUCAUCCCUGAAAUCAAGACGAAGCAUCGCGUACGCCUUGAUAUGGGGAAGGUCGACCACUUUGUAGAAUUCAUUAAUGGACCGUAUUUUUAUCAGGAUGUUUCACAUGGUAACAAGGUACUCACCCUAGAUAAUGGUGACAGAAUUGAGAUGCCUAACGUUGUAAGGAUCCUGACCAGGUCUACAAUGAUUGAGCAAUACUUGGAUUAUUGCAAAGAGCAAUGUCACGAGCCACUUAGUAGGUCUACGCUGUUCAAAAUAUUAGAAGUUCGAGAAGCGUCUCAGAGUAAAUCGCUCUAGGGCUUAAACAAUACAGCUGCAAAUGGUGCUGAGGGCUUUCAGACUAUCGAGACGCUGGUUGAAACUCUUGAGAAAGGAGGAAUGGAAAAACAGUGGUGUCUACGUAUUUGCCAAAACCUACGCGAUGGUAAACGCUAUCUCAAAACUGACUACCGUGUGCACUGUCAACAGUCUCACUCUACUUGCUGUAGAAAGCUUGCGCUUAGUGAUCCUGUUAAUCCCGAGCUCCAGCAUCCUUGUUCGCAUCAGCAUCAAUCGACUUGCGAGCAAUGCCAAGGGCUGAAGAAUGUUCUAAAGGAAGUGAGACUAGCGAUUGAAGAGUCAUCAUGGAAGCCCUAUAGUUCCGAAAGGCGAGAAGAUUUCCUUUACGACUUUGACCGUGCACAUUCAGACAUCAUGCUGUGGAAAGCGCACAUUGUGUGCUCAAUAAAUCAAGAGGAGGCGAAACAAGAUGCACUGAAAUCAGAAGACCCACAGGCAGCCAUUCUGAUCAUGGACUGGGCCAUGAAGUUCCUCCAAAUAAAAUUUCGUGAGAAACGGUCUAAAUGGUUCGGCAAACGGGGGCUCAGCUGGCAUAUUUCCACCUGUAUAACUAAGAAUGUUGACUCUGGAAAAAUUGAGCUGAAAUCGUAUGCUCAUAUCCUCGACUCUUGCCAGCAAGACUGGUACGCAGUAUGCUCGAUCAUCGAAGACACACUUGAGGUUGUCAAGAAAGAACAUCCCCAGAUUACCCAAGUGAACCUAAGGAGUGACGAAGCAGGCUGUUACCACAAUACCUUUCACUUAGCCGCCGUUAGAGAUGCCGGAAGACGAGUAGGUAUUGAACUAGCACGGUAUGACUUUUCCGAGCCGCAGUAUGGAAAAGAUAUCUGUGAUAGAAUCCUUUGCCCAAUGAAAGCAUCCAUCCGACGAUAUUGCAAUGAGGGACACGAUGUCGUCUCUGCGAAAGACAUGCGUGUAGCGCUCUCAGAACGCCCUGUUCAAGGUACAACUGCCUCCGUGUGUGCAAUGAAUGAGACUCAAAAGACACUCGAAGUACAUAAGAUAGAAGGUUUCAGCAAGUAUCACAAUUUCAAGUUUGAAGUGGAAGGAAUUAGAGCAUGGAGAGCUUAUGGUGUUGGACUAGGCAGGUUUAUUCCUUACUGA